CACUCGAAAAUGGCGGAUGAAAGUGACAGAAAUCAAUUGCCGCCCGGUUGGGAAUGCAGAUACGAUUCCCGAAGUGGCCGUCCUUAUUUUAUAAACCAUUUCAACCGAACGACAACAUGGGAGGAUCCGAGGGUCAGGUAUUGGCAGUAUGCUCAAUAUGUGCAAUCUCAGAAUUCUAUUAUUCCGAGUUCCGGGUCGACGAUGAGCACCCAAGAAAGUAUUCCGCUGCAGUACACAGGAAAUGGCGGACAUAUAAUUUAUAAUGGAGCCCACAGGCCUCCACAGGUAUAUCCAAUCCCAUCGCCUUAUCACAAUCCGCAACCUGCGUUCUUGCCUCCGAGUUUGCAGGACCUGAAGACUCCGAUGUCCACCCGAUCAAUCAGUGCGAUGACCAAUCGGCUCGGAGAUCUGACAAUCGGAUCCCCAACUCCAAUUGGAAACAUGGAGACGAGUUUUAUUCAAAAUCAUUCGGACGCCGAGAUCCAGGUCGCAAAAAUCAGCGCUGUCUUUCCAACAGUUUCCGACACUCACAUUCGACUUUUGCUGAAAAAAUACCAUAACAGAGCGGCUUUGGUCAUGAGCGCUCUUCAAGUCGAGAAGAAUCCGCUCUGUGCGCCAGGACCUUGCACUCCGGUGGGAGUGAAUUCGAACUACGCGAUUGCGAGAUGGCGGGUACCACGUAACGCCAUUCACAGUUUGACAUUGAAAGGAGCUCGGCAGCCCCCUCACUCCCCAAAAAUGAAACUUAGGUACCUGAAAAAUGUUUUUCCAAAAGUGGACGAGACCGUUUUGUUAGAAAUGCUGGAACAGAGCGAUAAUAAUGUCCAAAAAGCUUCAGAAAAACUCAUUGAUCUCGGGUAUGAAAAAAGAAGUCCUACCUGUCCCAAUAAAAAUAAUUCCAAGAAGAAAGAAGAAGAUGAAAAGGCAGAAACUAUACGAGUAGCGCCUACGCCACCGCCUCGUAUGAGAAGUUUUGAAGAGAAAAAUAAAAUGAAAAAUCGUCUGAUGGAGAAAUUUAAUUCCGUACCAGAAAGGGUAAUUGUGUUAGCAAUGGACAGCGUUGAUUAUGACGAGGAACGCGCCUCUCAUAUUUUAGAAAUUAUGGUCGCCGAAGAAGCUGUUCGUCCGCUCAAUACCUUCAGUAGCCAGAGUAGCCGAAGCGACGACAGAAAAGACAGUCCGCCCAUUACGGAGGCGAUAAAGCUCACCGCCUCUCCGAUGAAGAAAAUUUUGAAGGAAAAUGAGAACGAGAAGUGCAAAAGGUCCAAGAACAAGAUCGAGAAUCCAAAAAUUUCUCGAGGAACAAGUACCACGGAGGAUAACGAGUAUAAAUCGCCGUAUCGAACAAAACCAACCGGGCCGAAUACAGAUUUACCGAACGGUUCCGAUAAUGAGCUCCUUUUGGCUGAUUAUGCUCCAUGGUCCGGACCCGAUCCGAGUCUAUUAUCAAAAGAGUCUUACUCAAAAUCACUAGCUGUAGGUCGCGAUUCGUCCCUAGUUUUAGGAAAUCGGAGCCUCGCCAAAGGCCCGAAUGUAGAAUUACGAAAAGGUCCCAUUCGGGGAUUAGCUCAAGGUUCUAUUUAUUCUCAAAGGAAUGUCGCGAACAUUGAGAGUCGCGGCAAAUGAAAUCCGUGUAAUUGUUUUCUCUGAUUAAAGUUUAUUUGUUCGUUUGCUUCUCGUAAAUUUAAAUAAUCUUACAUUUUCUUUGUAUUGCAAUCGAUUUCAUAUCAUCGUUAUUUCUGUGUUAAACUUUAAGAGUUGUUAGAUUUUUUUUACAUAUCUUAUUAAUGAUCACUCUAUCUGUGUUGAAGACUUUACUUAAUUGCAUAUUAUUAUUAUCGUAUUAAUAAUUUGAAUCAGUAUUUAAUUGUGGGCUAUGGCUCAUAUUGAAAAAAUGACAAAUCAAGUUCAAAAGUUCCUUGUAUUUUCUGAAUUUGAUUUGUAUCGACAAUUUCUAAUAGUAUGUUCUGCUUUAAUGUUAGGAUUAUGAAAACUAGAGUGCUAGUCAAUCGCCACUUUAAACCGAGACAAACUGUUCUGCGACAUAUACCGAGUAUGACGUAGAUUAUUAUGAAUUAAUGAUUAAUGUAUUAAUUAAUUAAUUAAUUAAUUAAUUAUAAUAGCGUUUGUCUAGUUUCGUGAACGAAUUUCGCAACAUUCCAAGUUCAAGUUAGGUUUUUGGUUGUGAAUAGAUGUUAGUAAAGUAUCUUCUAAACCCCUCCUUUCAGAUUGGAUUAUAGUUAGCCGUAAUUUAAUGUUCGAAACUUGAGCUUCGAAAUCUCAUCUUAAAUUAAAAGCUUUCAAAUGGCAAUUUAAAAACAAUUUAAAUCUAUUUUAUAGAAUUUCUGAAAAUUAAUUAAACCAACAGGGUGGCCGUUGGACCGGGAACACCGGGAAUUUCCGGAGACCGGAAAAACCCGGGAAAUAACAGUUAAUUCAUUUCUUGACCGGGAAUUUUACGAAUUUUCAUAAUAGAAAUCUGCCCAACUUCGGUUUCAACUGUUUUUAAAUAAUGAAAGUCCAGUCUUGAAGAUUUAUAUUAUUUAUUUAUUUUUAAAAUGUAUCUGUACUUCAAGUAUAAA